AUGCUUAUCUCCUCCAUCCAGGGCAACAUCAUCACCAAUUGCGCCCACGAGACCGACGAGAAACAAUUCUGGUCAAAAAUGGCUUCAACCAAAACAUCAAGCGCCCCGCGCUCCGGCUCUUCGGGCCUAACAAAGGCCUACCUCUUCACCUACAACACCCUCAAUCUCCUCGCCUGGGGCACCUGUGUCGUCUACACGGCCUCCCUCCUCCCAGCCCAUGUCUCGACCAAAACCCUCCCGAAGGUCUUCGGCCAGACUUUCUCCCCGCUACUGCUGGCCACGCAGUCCCUCGCCCUGUUGGAAGUCGUGCACAGCAUUGUGGGCCUUGUGCGCGCGCCGUUCAUGACAACUGCCAUGCAGGUUUCUAGCCGGCUGCUGCUGGUGUGGGGGAUUAUGGCGCAGUUUGGUGGGGAGAUUGUUGGUGCUGGGCGGAAUACCCAGCUGGGUGAUUAUGCGUAUCUGGGGUGUGUUUUUGCUUGGGGCAUUACGGAGGUUAUCCGCUAUGGGUUCUUCGCGAUUACCUUGUCUGGGAACUCGGUUCCGAGCUGGUGGACUUGGUUACGAUACAACACUUUCUACAUUUUCUACCCCAUUGGUAUCUCCAGCGAGUGCACGCUUAUCUUCCAGGCCCUUGGUCCUGCUGGCGAACUGAACCCGCUUUUCCGUUAUCUUUUGAUUGCGAUUCUCGUGAUCUAUGUGCCUGGAUCUUAUGUCCUGUACACGCACAUGAUUGCCCAAAGACGCAAGAUCAUGCGCGGCAAGAAGAGAGCUGAUUAGACAGCUCAGCCACACACCGCACAACAUAAAUUUGAAUAAAUCGAGUGGGAAGAAAAAAAACGACCCUGAUUUAUAGCCAGCCUGAUGCUCAAAGAAUAAUGUAGGGUCCGUCAUUUUUAAGACCCCGGGAUAUCCGAGGGUGUGGACAUGAUUUUACUUCCGUGUUCAAUAUUGACUAGACUCAACUUCUGGCAACGAGGGGUAUAGAUGAUUCCUAAUUUUAACAAUAAUUAACAACUUCGCUUUGCUCAACU